GCGCACAAGGCGCUCAGCGAUGACGCGCUAGUUCGGCGCGCCGUCAGGGAGUCGUGCGCAGGCGCGGACAGCGCUGGUUCCGCGGCGGUUGGGGUGGCGGGGCCCCGGGCGGCGUAGACCAUGACCCAGCAGGGCGCGGCGCUGCAGAACUACAACAACGAGCUGGUCAAGUGCAUAGAGGAGCUGUGCCAGAAGCGGGAGGAGCUGUGCCGGCAGAUCCAGGAGGAGGAGGACGAGAAGCAGCGGCUGCAGAAUGAGGUGAGGCAGCUGACGGAGAAGCUGGCCCGCGUCAACGAGAACCUGGCACGCAAGAUUGCCUCUCGCAACGAGUUCGACCGGACCAUCGCGGAGACGGAGGCCGCCUACCUCAAGAUUCUGGAGAGCUCCCAGACUUUGCUCAGCGUCCUCAAGAGGGAAGCUGGGAACCUGACCAAGGCUACAGCCUCAGACCAGAAAAGUAGUGGUGGCAGGGACAGCUGACCAGACCACGGACAGGGCCUGCCUCCGUGCGCCCCUCAGCUCAGCCCUGACAAGUCUGUCCUCAGAGCUUCUUUGUUCUUCACGGCAGCAGCUGCCUUCCCUCACUGUCUCCGGUGCCGAGAGGGGCGGCUGCCAGCCUCUACUGGCAUCAUUGACAAGCCCAGGGCACAGCCCACCCAGGGGCUUCGUGCUCACACGGGCUGUGGGGAUGGUGGGUUCCAGGUCAGCUCUGCAAAGGGCCUGUCUCUGUGGCACCCACACUCCUGCCCUGCCAGGGAGGCCCUGGUUGUCUGAGCACCAUGGGGGCCCCCUCAGCUUGUCCCUCCUCAGCCAGCAGAGGCCCAGGGCAGGGGACAGGGGUUCUCCUUCACCCCAGAACCCAAACCUCAGGGCUCACCCCUGUGGCCUGUGAUUAUCAAUAAAGAUUAUCUUUGUAAAGGUC